AACUUCCCUCCAAGAAGUAAAACUCUUGCUUCCCCUACAAAAAAUAGAUUCGCCUUAAGAUGAUAAAAGGCUUGGCAACAUAACAGAGCAAUUCCUGCAAAACACGACCAGGACAUCGCUGCACUGCUGAACUGAGCGUGAGCCAUAGCUUUGAUACACCACUAUCAGCGGAGCAAAGCGGCGUGAAAGCAAUGGAAGGGCGUGGAUGCUCGCGUGAAAGACUGCUUGCACUUGUGCAGCUCAUUCUUCUACUGGGUGCAUUUGUAAAUGUAGCAUUUUGCACUUUAGCAGAUGAAAUCGCGAGCGACUCACUCGUCGUCAGAUUUGAUCAUAUCUACGACGUAGAUGACUGGACUCAAGAACACACUGACAACUUUACAUCAUCAGUCACAACAGCUGUGAACACCUAUUGCAGGAAUCCAACCAACUCUGCUGCCUGUCAGAUAUCGGAAAGUAGCAGCAACUCUACCUUUACCGUGGUUGUGUCAUCGGAUUCUCCCGAGUAUUUCAACGGUGACAUCAAAAUGACCUUUUACGUCAGGUUUCCUGAAGCCGACAGAGCUGACGAUGCUGCCAUGGAGUAUCUCGUUCCUAAGGACACAGUCGCAAUCAUUGUGGAGGACAAUAAAGAGGCUAUCGAUGCUGCCACCGGCUUCAAUAAAACAAAGGACGACGGCAUCGUUUUCAUCGGUGAGAAGCGCGUGACCGAGAUCGACAACUCUAUGGACAAGAUCAUGAUCCCCAUCGUCUGCGUGCUCUUUGUCGUGGUCGUACUCAUGGCCGUCUGCCUGACAUGCAUGCAGUCCCGUGGAGAGAAGAAGCUCCAGGAGCAGAGGAAACAGCAAAUAGGAUCCUCCAAGGGAGACGAGGGCAUCACCCUGACGGCCGUCAAGAGUGGUAGCUAUGCCAGCGACGAUAACAACGCCAAAACAGUAGAAGUACACGUAGAUGUAGAUGCAAAACCAGCAGAGGAGAAAGGUGAUGAUGUUACAGGUGUUAACGUAGCUUUGACAACUUAAAUGUGAAUUUUGUGACCAGACCCCUCAGCUGACACCACCACAACAACCACAGCCACCAAGAGAUUCCGACGACAGAAAAAGCUCAAAGACGGACGAGAAAACCCAACCACAGCCCCGGUCCAGGUCCAACCAGAAGUCCAGUCCAGCUCCAACGGUUCCAGGUCCACCAUCGAAGUCAAACCCGCCAGUCAAACGGCAGACAACUUCUCGUCAAACAACUCCAACGAUCUGAUCCAGCCACGUGUGUCAAGGCAUGCGAUAGAGCUGCCCCCGCUCACGACAGUCAGCACGCCGCGGACGAUGUCCCUUGACGGUAGCGACUCGGAAGAUCAGGAUAGGAAGAAGGAUAAGAAGAAGAAGAAGCAUCAUCGUAAGCUCAGUCAACAGUCUCUGGUCGAUGCUAUUGAUAAGGACGAUGACCUAGACAAUGAAAAGUCACUUUCCCCCCUCCCUGAAGAUAACUAUAGGUCAUAGGUUAAUCUGUGACCCUAUAUCCUAUAACCUUUAUUUAACCUCUGUAUUAAAUAAUGGGUCCAGUAUUAUUAGAAAAGUAUUUUGGAACUUAAAAACUGUCUAGAUGGAAGUACACGGAAGGGGACCUCAUGAUUUCUUUCAUUUGUUCAGUCAGAUUUGGCCUUUUCAAAACUCAGGCUAUCAAAUUCCAGGAAAUCAUGCAAUGGCAUUGUCCCCAAGAUAUGCCUUUUCAUGUCUUGUUAGCCAGUUUUUUGGGUCAAUGUAGAUUGUCAGAUGUCAAAUGACACUAAUGUUUGCUGAAUUGCAGCGCCAAUUAGACAGAGCAAGCGAGAUUAACCUGCAGAGUGCUAUCAAAUAGACACUUUUUUGCCAAAGCUGGACCUUGUUUUCCAUUCCAUUCCAUUCCAUUCCGUCCUUGUAUUACUGCAUCUAUGCAAAUGUGGACAACUUGAUGAGAAUGUACAUGUGACAUCUCCUCGUGACACUGAAGAUUCAAGGUAGGCUAGUCUGGGGGUCAUGCCCCAUAAUGACAAUGAGCUUGUGCUCGGUACCUGUGCUUUCUGACAUGUCUCCCUUUGAUGCCAGGCUACGUACACUGUGCCAAAGGAUUCUCAGGUUGUCCACAUAUUGUGAGUUGCCUUUAUGACUGUUUGACUGUGAGCUUACGAUGAUGAUGAUUGACAGCCGAGCCAAGGUGUGCAGAAAGCUGUAUGGUUUGUGGGAAGAAAUGCCUGAAAAGUAACAGUUAUUUUCAAUCAACAUAUUACCUGCUCAGGGCCAGAGGGGCAUUAGCUCAUAUAAGUUCUAAGAUAGGUUCACAUACUUUAGGUUAACACCCUUCUGUCUCUCAACAGACAAUAUCUUCUGCAGAGAGCCGGAAAGAAAUUGACUGUAUUACUUAUACAGAGCUAAAGCCCUUCUGAUUCUCAAAAGAUUAUAUAUAUGACAAGACAGAGAGAAAAAAAAUGCAGAUGAAAAAAUAAAAAAAAUAAAAGAUUUUAAAAUCACGCCUUUUGUUUUCUUUAUUAAAUUACGCAUUCUCAAAUUCGUUGCGAUUUGUAUAGCCACUUGUUUCAAUAAUCCGAAUUCAUUCAAACUGCAUGAUAAGAUGUCUUGAAGUGAUUUAUUUUUGUUAUGAGAUGAAAUUGUUGUGUUACAAAGAAGUCAGGCUGAUUCUUCCCCACUUGCCACCCUCUUUCUUCUUAUCCUACUAUCCGUCCAAGAUCCGUCCAAGAUUUGUUUGUAGAGAAGUUGUUGUGCGUAAGAAGACUUAUUUUCUAUUUUUGUAAAUUGAAUGUUUAAGGAAGUAUAAAUUCAGUCCAGAACUGCCAAAAUGUCCACUAUGGACUUUAAAAAAUGAAAGCUUUAAAGGGCAGUUUAUUUGAUUAUUAAAAGUAUGAGAAAUGCAAGUAAUUUUUCCUGAUUUCAUUUGAAAGAUAUGCUUGGAGCUGCCUAUACUUAGGAUUGUACUUUUAAGAGUGUACAUAGGUGUAUUUAUAAACACUUGUUUUCUCUCUCUCCUUUUCACAGAAAGGCAAGUGAAACCCACAAAAGGGGGAUCUUGUACAUACACGGAUAUAACCGUGACACUUUUGUGAAAUGUUAUUGGAGUCUAUGGCCCAAAUUCACAAAGGAGGUUUAUCUUAAGUUCUCGUGUCCCAUGGCCAAUAAGUCGCUUUUGUAUGCUUUAAUAUGGUGGAGGUUUGAACCAUGGUGUAGACCAGGGUUUUAAAUUAAACCCUCCUUUGUGAAUUCGGGCCUUGGUGGUUGGAACCGUGGAGCAAAAUUUCACUUUUAAUUAUUACCUGAAUCCGUUUGAGGGUGUCACCUGGUCCAUUAUCUCACAACUGCAACAAAUAUCAUGAUUAUGUUUAAUUUUAUUCAGAUUUUAUGCAUGUGGUGGCGGUAGGUAUAAUCUUCAGGUUUUUAGUCAUUUAAGAAAAUUGGAAAUACCUAGAGUUUCUUUUAAAAAUGUCAUCCAAGUGACAACCGUAAGAACGAAAUUCAACUUGGUUAAAUAUUUGCAUGAUGUCAGUUUUUUAACAUGAAUAUAUUCAUAACCUCUUGAUAUGAAACUAAAGUACUAUAAUCAAUCCUUAGUACGCUUUUAAUGGUAUUUUGAUAUCCUCUCAAUGCGAAACUAAAGUAUUGUACAAAAAUCUUUAAUUAGUACUAUUCAUAUAGCAAGUUCUGUAAUACUGCCAAUCAUUUAAAGUACUCUUCUAUAAUUGAAUUGAGAUAUAUACAUGUAUAUGUAAUGAUUUCAAGAUGGUCAUUUUCAAGACGGAACAUCCAUGACAAUUUUUGCACUUGCAUGUGCAGGUGGUACAUAACAUUGUAUAUUCAUAUACAUUUGUAUGUUCGUGUUGUUUUAAUGACCACACCCCUUUUCUAAUCUCUUCAUAUUUGUACCUAUAAGCAAUAAGUUGUUAAGUCAUUAUUUGAUGGGUAAAAUUAUGCAUGAUUAAUUACGGUAGUAUGAAAUUGUGUCUUGGUAGAUACUGCGUACAGAGUUAGACAUCUAUACGCUUAUAUGGUACAGAGAUUUAAGAGGAGGUGGUGGUGUGCUAAUUAAGUAAAUAAUACAAGAUUGUUGUAUGCAUGCUUAAUCAUUCCCUCUUUACAAUUCUUUACAGGGAUAAAGGUGUCGCAUACUCACAAGGACUUUUCAUCUGUUUGGGGCCAUAAGGCCUUAGUACAUAAUCUAUUAAACACAGAGUGUACGUCCUUGUGGCCCCAACAGACGAUGUAAAGGUCAAAGAAAGUGACACCUUCAUCCCUUGAAGGAUAUAUAUGUACGUCCAAGAAAUGGCAGAUACCACAAUCGUGUUCUAAGUAGGAAAUGAAUUUACAUUAAUUUGUACAAUGUACUUGUUUAUACAUGUGACUAGAAAUGUAGUAAGUCUUUCAAAAUGAUAUAUGUACACAUUUUUUAAUUUGUAGAAGUUAGGUUUUGGUGUGAACUUUAACUUAGAUGUAGUGAUGAGAUUGAUUUAGAAGAUCUUCGAUUUUGUUUAGGCGCCAUGAAAUAUUUGAGGCUUUACAGCAAUAUUUCUAUUAUUUAUUAAAAAAUUUAACAGGAAGGGACUAAUGAUUUUAACAUAUAGCUUGGAACAAAAAAAAAUUCCCUGAAGUCUGAACUCUUUGGCAUCAAUGGUAAGAUAUUUAUUUGAAACUGAAAAUGGUAAUGUGGGUAGAAGUAUGUGCAAAUACAUUGAAAUAUCAUUUAUCUAUCUGAAAGAGUUACUUGAAAUAAAAGUUGUAUUAUUGUCAUAUAUAACAUGGAUAUUUGCUUUGUUUAUCAGUUUAUUAGGUUGUUUUGUUUUACAGUGUUUUGUUCAAAAUCACUCAAACUUAAGUGCACAGUGUGCAAAUAUUAAGGAAAAUGUUACAAUUUAAAUAGUAUUAAAGUAUGUACACUAUUAUAUGACCAAAACAAUAAUGUGACAACAAAAACGAAGAUUAAAAUGGAAAAGAGACAAAAGUAUUUGAAAACGUAAAAUAUAUCUUAAUUUACUAUUUUAAUGAAUUAUGAUUUGGGAUGCCUUUUAAUUUUCAGACCUAAAGUGAGGUAGAUAUUUACAUAUAUCAAGUGUGCAAUGAAAAAUUUGACCAAGGUAUUGUUUUUUGCUAUGAAUAUUAUCAAGAGAUGUUUUGGGGCUUUUGCUUUUCAAAGUAACAGCAAUUACAUUAGGAAAAAAUGGGUUCUACAUAUAUGUCUCUUCCAGUGUCUGUUGCCUUGUAAGACUUUCAACAACUUAUUUGUUUUAAUGUGUUUUUAAAAGUGUAUUUAACUAUAUUAUGGGGUAAGAAAUGUAUAAAAUCACACACUAUAUACGGGCAGUAUUUAUUGCAAUCAUUUUCUAUCAUCUUUGUACCAUUAAAGGUAGAAGUAGAAUAAUA